GCAUAAGCAGAGGGAUGGCACAGUGACAAGCAAACUUAGCCAGGAGGAUGCUAAGAGCUGGAUAUCUCAACUGAUGCUCACCAUGUUACAGGAGAUGAGAGGGCAGGAUAACACAGAAAUAGCUUGGUGCUUGCACAGCAGGACAGAAUGAAGGCUGCUGGGACAUGGAUGUGUCAGUAGAGGACGGUGACAGCUGUGGCAUUCCCUGGGCAAGACACUGACCAAGUGGGAGGGACGUUUGGGUUCCUCUUGUGUUUCCAGCCCUUACUCAACCAUGAGAUUGGCCCUCCUGGCUUUAAGACUGAUGUGCUUGGCUUGGUUGUGGCCUGUCACUCAGCUGAACAGCAACACUUUUCCGAACAAAAAGAGACGCAAGGACCCAUAUGAUGGAGGGAACACCAAACACAAGCAUGGAGGGCGAGUUGAUCUGAGGAUGAAAAAGCAGGACAGCACCAAGUCUCUGCUAAUCAAAUCUGAGCAGCUACUUCGAAUUGAAGAUCACGACUUUGCAAUGCGCCCAGGUUUCGGAGGUUCAGCUCUUCCUGUUGGCAUAGAUGUCCAGGUGGAGAGCAUCGACAGCAUAUCUGAAGUAAACAUGGAUUUCACCAUGACUCUCUACCUGAGGCAUUACUGGCAGGAUUAUCGGCUGGCCUUCCCCUCCACCAACAACAAGAGCAGGACUUUUGAUGCACGUCUUGUCAAGAAGAUUUGGGUUCCUGAUGUGUUCUUUGUUCAUUCUAAACGUUCUUUUAUCCAUGAUACAACCAUGGAGAACAUUAUGCUGAGGGUUUAUCCCGAUGGCCACAUUCUGUACAGCGUCAGGGUCACGGUGACGGCGCUUUGCUCAAUGGACUUCAGUAGUUUCCCUCUGGACACACAGAACUGUUCUUUGGAGCUGGAGAGCUAUGCUUACAAUGAGAACGACUUAAUCCUCUACUGGAAGAACGGGAAUGAUUCAUUAAGGACUGAUGAGAUUUUGCUCUCUCAGUUUUUUGUGGAAGACUUCCAGCCUUCCUUUGGGCUUGCCUUCUACAGCAGCACUGGUUGGUACAAUCGGCUCUACAUAAACUUCAUUCUGAGGAGGCAUAUCUUCUUCUUCAUGCUUCAGACGUACUUUCCUACCAUGCUAAUGGUGAUGCUCUCCUGGGUGUCUUUCUGGAUAGACAGGAGGGCCGUACCUGCACGUGUCUCCCUGGGCAUCACGACGGUUCUGACCAUGUCCACCAUCAUCACUGGUGUCUCAGCCUCCAUGCCGCAGGUGUCUUACGUCAAAGCCGUAGACAUCUACUUAUGGGCAAGCUUCCUGUUUGUCUUUCUGUCGGUCAUCGAGUAUGCUGCUGUCAACUAUUUCACCACGGUGGAGGAGAUGAAGAGACUGAAGAACACCAAGAUUCCCAACACCUUUAAUGCCACCCAGGCUAUGGCCUUCGAUGGAUGUUUUCAUGACAAUGACAUUGAUCUGGCUUCUUUCCCAGAGGCUGCCAGCACCCCAAACACAGAAAGAAACACUCAGUCUCGAAACUCCACAGUCUCUGCACCCACAGAGGGAACGAGGCUUCGGCGCAGAAACACUCUGAAACACAACCUCAGCUUCAUCAUGAGCAACAGCUACAUGAUCGACUCGUACUCAAGGGUCAUAUUCCCCAUGGCUUAUCUGCUUUUCAACAUAAUUUACUGGAGUAUGUAUGCAUAG